ACUGAAUACUAGUAUUCAGUCAACGUAUAUCGGAGUCUUGGGGCAGAGAGUAAACAAAAAAAAAACAGGUUUAAGGCUUUUAUAUAUAUAAUAUUCUUGCAAGGCAUACAAUAACGAUUACUAAAGCAGUGAAGGCUAUAUUAUUUGAUAGUGACAACGAUCGUUGCGGUUUGCGACCUCUGUUUCAUUUAUACCACGCUACUACUCCACGCCGGACGCAACUGGGUCAAAACAAAAGCAGCUAAACUCUUUUUUUUUAUCAAUUAACAAUAGCUAAUAAAAUAAUUUAAGUAACGAAGACGUAAUGAAAGUCAACAUAUUAAUAGCAGUGUUUUUAACUGUAUUGAUUAAUAUAAAUGCCUACAGAUCGCCUGCACCGCUUAUAAAAAAUAUAUUCCGUAGCGAUGGUCACUUAGAGGGUCCUCAUUGGUCGACGGAGGAGAAUGCUCUCUAUUUUGUAGACAUAACAGGACAGAAGGUGCACAGACUGGAUGUACAGACUGGCAAUAUUACUACCAAAUAUAUAAGUUAUGGCCCUGUUUCCCUCGUUGUAACAGUAAAAGACAAUCCCAAACUGAUACUGGUAUCAUCCAGAUCGGAGAUGUACUUCUUACCGUGGGAUUCUGAAUCUGUUGACAAGUCGCUACGGCUGUUAACCGUUGUUGACUUAGGGCUACCAGAUAAUAGAAUUAACGAUGGCAAAGUGGAUGCUAAUGGAAGACUUUGGUUUGGAACAAUAGGCAACGAAGUGGCAGGCGUGGUGGAUCAGGACAAAGCCACUCUGUACAUGCUGGAUGAGCAUAAUUACGCGCAUCCCGAAGAGAAAGUGCGACCAGUGAGCGUGUCCAACGGGAUCGCUUGGACCUCAGACAACAAAUACAUGUUCUAUAUCGAUUCUCCAACAAGAAAUGUUGACGUGUUCGAUUUUGAUUUGAGUACUGCAACCUUACGUAACAGAAGAACACUGUUUAGUUUCCAAGCCAACAAUGUGACAGGGGUACCAGAUGGCAUGACCAUUGAUACUGAUGGUAAUCUAUGGGUGGCGUGCUAUAAAGGUGGCAAGGUCAUUAAGAUAGAUUCAAGAGCGGGGAAGCUGCUAGAACAGCACAAACUAGAAGUAAGUCAAGUAUCUUCGGUGAUGUGGGGUGGGCCUGACCUAUCUACUUUGUUCGUCACAACAAGCCGACGCGAUCUCUCUCCUGCCCAAUUAGCCCAAGAACCGGAGGCUGGGUCAUUGUUCGCCAUACAAGGAACUGGAUCUAGAGGAUUCCCAGAGAACCAGUUUGUAUUCGCCGAUGCAGAUAAAUAUUGAUUACAUAAGACUUGUUACAAACGUUUAUACUUUGUACUUAUCUCUGUUUUUAUUGUUCUAAAUUAUGUGAAAAAUUAAUAUGUAGUUAUAUAAAAUAAAUUACUUUAUUAAA